GCGAGUACCGUUAGCUCAAAUUAGCCCCAUUAGCAACGUAUUCGGCUAAUGCGCGUUAUCAUCUUUAUUCUAGCCAGCAACUUCAUUUCUUAAUUUUUUAAUAAUCCUUAAUAUUUUCUUCAGCUGGUGAAAAGGACUGUUGUAUGCAGAAGCAGCGAUGGCGAGCCGCCCCUCUUUUCACUCACAGCUCUCCUCCAUCAUGGAGACGAUGGCCAGGUCUGCCCUGAGUCAGAUCUGCAAACUGGUGGAUGAAGACUCGGUUGAGCUACGCCUCGAGUUGUCCCGGCUCCUGUUUGCCAAUUCAGCCCUGGCAGAAAAAGUUAACAGUCUGGAGUGCGAGCGGACCAUUGUGAGUAGCGACGCCCCCAAGUUGUGUAAAAGUUAUCGCACCGUGGGUGUGCAGACUGUCUGCUACAGAGACGGGGAUCCUCAUGAGUCUGGGUCUCCCACCAUAGAGGGGGUCUUUGGAAAAGACUGGUGUAUGGAUCUAUGGAAAGACAGAGACCCUUACAGUUUGGAGAGAGUCACAGACUCACCACAGUCCUCUGAGAAGUCUUUGGCAGCACUGUCUGACCAAAUUACUGUCACUGAGAUCAAAGAGGAGGAUUAUAUGGAGGAUGCUGCCAGCAGCUGCCAGCAGGAAACACUCAGUAUGAAAGAACAUGAAGAAAGUACAGCUGAGGAACCAGAGCAGCUGUCAGUCGGUUAUUCAGGUGAUGGCAGCACUUGCAACCUGUCAUUUGAUCAGGAAGGAGAACAGGUGAUGUCUACAGCUGCUAUUGAAGAGCCAUCCAUGCAGCUAAUAUCCAUCACUGACACAGAGGAGGCCUUCAGCACUCAUAUCAUUCCAAUCGAAGAAGAUGACGACGACGAUGAUGAUGAUGAUGACAUACAGUUUGUUCAAGAAAGUCAGCAGGAGCCAAAGAUGAAUACUGCAGUAGAAACUGUCAGAGAUCUGAACAAAGACAAAUUCACAUGCCCAAUAUGUAGCAGGACAUUUUACCACAAGGGCACUCUCACACACCACAUGAAAUCACAUGAGUCAAACUUCUGUAACAUUUGUAAGCAGAAUUUCCCUCACAGGAACAAGUUAAACUUUCACACAUGCGUGCCUCCAGUUCCUUCACAGAGAGUCAGUAAGGCUUGUGAGCUGUGUGGGAAGACCUUUGCAAACCCAUCGGCUCUGAGGAUUCAUUAUGUUGUCCACACAGGAGAGAAACCCUACAGGUGCGGCUUGUGUGGGAGAGGGUUCACCCAGAAAGGCAAUCUGAAAUGUCACCUACGCAUCCAUACUGGGGAGAGACCGUUUUGCUGUGUUAAAUGUGGGAAGACCUUCACACAGAAGGUGAACCUCAACCAUCAUUUACUGGCACACAGAAAUCGUGAGGUUGUGGGAGAAAAUCCCAUAGCUAGAAGACAUCUUAAGAACCUAAUGGCUGAAACCUGUCAGUUACUGUUUGUAGCACAAAAUCAGUAGCUUUAUUAAUCUGAAUGCAUCAUGUAGUACACGUAGUCCGUUAGUUUAUGUCGUUAUUACUUGUAGUGUGUAGUACAGUGGUGUCCAAACUGUUCCACAAAGGGCCAUGUGGCUGCAGAUUUUUGUUCCAACCAAUGAAGAGCACACAGUUUGACCAAUCAACUGUCUGAAGACUGAGAUCAGUUGAUUAAAUGAGAGAAGUCUGGUGUGCUGCUGCUUGGUUGGAACAAAAACCUGCAGCCACACGGCCCUUUGUGGAACAGUUUGGACACCUCUGUCCAAAGGUGUAGUAGUUCUUAGAAAAUCAGGAGUGUGGAGCAAAAUGUCCUCUUUUUUGUCUUUUCUAUUUAAGCAUGUAGCAAUUCUCUCUUAAUUGUUGUUUCUGCCUUUACAAUAAAAAA